AUGUAUUGUUUUGUAAUUUUUGUGAAACAAAAUUCAAUUUGGUACUUGUGUCUUGUUGAUUUGUCUCUAAAGCUUACGGCUUUUGGAGCCUUUGAGAUUACGCACACAACAAUACUUACACAACCAGUUAUAACGGAUGCUACAAAAAAGUCUAGAUUCAAUCACGAUCUAUGUAAGGCUUUGUUGACAGCCAAUAUACCUUUGAAUAAAUUAUCCAAUCCAUGUUUUAAAGAAUUUCUAUCGAUGUACACUGCUAAAGAUAUUCCUUGUGAAUCGACAUUAAGGAAAGGGGUUGCGGAAACUGUACGAGUAGGAUAUCCAAAAGUUGACAAACUUAUCGCAAAUGUGAAAAAGGUUUUCCGUAAAGCACAUUCUCGCAUUCAAUAUUUUAAAUCAAUAGCCCCAUCUCUAUCCCUACCACCAGAACCAAUUUUGACAAGAUGGGAAAUUCUAAAAAGUAUCUCUGAUCAAAAUAUUGAAGCCCAACUUGUAUUUAUUAAAUCAAAUUUUGGAUUUUUACCCGAUUUAAUUACAAGACUUGAAAAACAAGAAAUUCCACCAGUAGAUUCCAUUUCUAUUGUCGAAGAAGCAAAAGAAAAAUUAAUUAAAAUUAAUGGUGAAAUGGGGAAAACAAUUAAAAAUAAGAUUGAGUCUGUUUUAUCAAAAAAUAAAGGCUAUCAAGCAGUUUUAAAAAUAUCAGAGAUACUAAAUGGAAAAGAAGACACAGAUGGAUUGCCCGAAGAUUGGAGUUUAAAUGAUCUCACGUGUAUGAAAAACUGUUUAAUAACAUCAGUUGACGUAGAACGUUCGUUUUCGGCGUACAAAAAUUUACUCACUUCCAAUCGACAAUCGUUCGAAUUCGAAAAUAUCAAAAAAUCUUUAAUCGUUCAAUGCAAUUUCCAAGGAAAAAUAAUAUACAACACUAUAAACAGUAAAAAUAGGUACUUAAAGAAAAUUGUUUUAAUUUUUCAGAGCCAGAAAACUCGGGAUAAAACUUUUUCGAAAGAAACUCUGCAAACUGAAACUUUAGACUAUGUUUAGUAUUAAAACGUACAAAUACUAAUUUUUAUUCACAUU